GAGGGAAAAAGAGAAGGAAGGAAAAGAAGGAAGGAAGAGGGAAGCUGGGAGGCAGCUCCGCCGGCGCCAUGGAAGCCAUUUUCGGCAGGAACAUCGAGGAGCACCCGGAGCCCCUCCAGGCCCGAGUGGAAGCUAACAUCUCCCAACAAAGGAUUUCCCCCAGGCAGGAAGCAGCCAGACUUUGAAGCUGUGAGGUCAUUAAAUACUAAUCAAGCUGGCCAGCUGCAACGUUCACAUUUGCCUCAAGCAGACAAGAAUUCUUUCUCCCACCCAGGACAUUCCACAGAUAUAUAAACUCCACUUGCCUGGUUUCCAACAAACCUCACAACCUCUGAGGAUGCCUGCUGUAGAUGUGGGUGAAAUGUCAGGAGAGAAUGCUUCUGGAACAUGGUCAUAUAGCCUGGAAAACUCACAGCAACCCAGUGAUUCUGACCAUGAAAGCCUUCGACAGCACAAUAUUCUACUUCCUGCUCAUCUCCAAAAUGGCCAAAUUCUCAAAGGAGAAAUCCCAAGCUGGAUGGAGGGGAUUCUUCUCCGCAACGGUCCUGGGAUGCACACAAUUGGAGAAAGCAGAUACAACCACUGGUUUGAUGGCAUGGCUCUGUUGCACAGUUUUACAAUAAAAAAUGGGGAAGUUUUCUAUCGAAGCAAAUACCUCCGUAGCGACACCUAUAAUUGUAAUAUUGAGGCAAACAGAAUUGUGGUGUCCGAAUUUGGAACAAUGGCUUACCCGGAUCCAUGCAAAAACAUAUUUUCCAAGGCCUUCUGCUAUCUGUCCCACACGAUCCCUGAGUUCACAGACAACUGCCUCAUCAACAUCAUGAAAAAUGGGGAUGACUUCUACGCUACAAGCGAGGUCAACUUCAUUAGGAAGAUCAACCCACAGACUCUGGAAACACUGGAAAAGGUUGACUACACGAAGUAUGUAGCCAUCAACCUGGCAACAUCCCAUCCCCAUUAUGACAGUGCUGGAAAUGUUCUUAACAUGGGAACCUCCAUUGUGGACAAGGGAAAGACAAAAUAUGUGAUUUUCAAGAUACCUUCUACAGUGCCAGUCAGUGAAAAGAAGAAAAAGAAACGCCUGAAACACCUAGAAGUCAUGUGUACCAUCCCCUCCCGCUCUCUCUUGCAUCCCAGCUAUUAUCACAGCUUUGGCAUGUCGGAAAACUACAUCAUCUUUGUGGAACAGCCAUUCAAGCUGGAUAUACUCAAGAUGGCAACUGCCUAUAUCAGAGGGGUGAACUGGGCCUCUUGCCUCACCUUCCAUAAAGAUGACAAGACCUGGAUCCACCUCAUCGACAGGAGAACCAAAAAAGUCAUAUCCACCAAGUAUUACGCAGACGCCAUGGUCCUCUUCCACCAUGUGAAUGCCUAUGAGGAAGAUGACCACGUGAUUGUGGACAUCAUCUCCUAUACGGACAACAGCCUGUACCAUAUGUUCUAUUUGAAGAACUUGGACAGUCAGUUUGAGAGCAGCGUGAAACUGACUUCCAAUCCGUCCUGCAAGAGGUUUGUGCUUCCUCUGCAAUGUGACCAGGACUCAGAGAUAGGCUCGAAUUUGGUCCAGCUUCCAUCAACCACUGCAACUGCCCUGAAGGAAAAAGAUGGUAGCAUCUAUUGCCAGCCUGAGACAUUAUGUCAAGGAAUAGAACUGCCUCGUAUCAACUAUGAUUACAAUGGGAAAAAGUACAGGUAUAUCUUUGCUACCGAGGUUAAAUGGCUCCCAGUUCCCACACAGAUAGUUAAAUUUGACAUUUUGACAAAGCAGAGGCUUCAGUGGGAGGAAGAACACUGUUGGCCGGCUGAACCAGUCUUCGUUCCUAGUCCUAAUGCCAAAGAAGAAGAUGAAGGUAUCAUCCUUUCAACCAUCGUGACAUCAGAUUCUCAAAAACUGCCUUUCCUGCUGAUACUGGAUGCCAAAACGUUCAAAGAAAUUGCCCGAGCCACUGUUGAUGUGAAGCUCCACUUGGACUUACAUGGCUCCUUCAUCCCGCAGAAGGAUUUGAAAACAGAGCAUGAGGGAGAUUUGGACAGAGAACAAGAGUAAAACCCUGCUCUGACUUAUACAACAAUCACGUACAAGGCCUGCUUUAAACAAUUGAGAAAUCUGUUUAACCUCCAGUCUUCCGUUGCUGUGGCUUUCUAGUGACCAGAGCUGCUCAAGUAAUGGCAUUGUGCUGGCACAGUGUAUAUGUGGCAUUUAGCAUGUAUUGUUUCAUACUGUGAAAUAUUGAACUGAUCUAGUCCAAGGCCAUCCUGCACUGUUAAAGAGAAUGCUGCAGAGAUGCCUCUUCCCUGUCACCCUCAAAAUCUGUGGAAACGAGCAAUAUCUGGAGGACAAAGGCUUUAAUGCCAGUUGCAUAGUAGUAAAUUUGGAGGCACAGCUGUAAUUUUAACCAACUGGCUCUACAUUUGGCCUCUGGUGCAACCAAGUGCAAAUCUGUGCCAUCCCCUUCAGAUAUUCCGAAGGGAAUUACCUCUCCCUCCCUCCUUCCCCCCUUAACCUGUUUUGUCAGUAUAAUUUAUAAAACUUGAACUCAAAACUGGAUAUAAAAAUGAGAGGAGAGAAAAUAAUGCCAUUUCAACUUGCAAGUGAUUGUAUGACCAAAUGCCCUUUGCAUUUCGAAUCUGCGGCUGAUAGAAGACUCUUGUUCCUAGCCGCCGUCAAGCUCACUUUGCCUUGUGGCCACACUUUAUUUUUGUUCCCACCAUUGCACUACUACACCAUUUUUAUCCCAUUAGUGUUUGUCGUUGUAUGUUGAAGAGGUUCUAGAUGCGCAGUAUGAAGUAGGGAUGUCAUCACAGGGCCACAAACAUGACAUGGCACAGAACUGAAUAGGGUGCCCAGAUGAUCUGAAGAGAGCAAAGUGAUCUCAAAGAGGAAUACAUCUAGUUCAGAAGUUGAUGGCGCCAUGUCUUGCGCUGAUUUGUGGGGAAGCGAUUCCACUCUGGUCACUUUUGUUGUCUUCUGAACUAAAACAAGUAUUUCAGGUUUUCACAGUAAUGUCUAACACAUUCCUAAUCUUUACUUUACAGUUACAGACAGCCUUGUGAUAGGGAACCAGACACAGGCUUGCAGCAAGGGAAGCCUGGGUUGUGCUUAAGGGGACAGUGUAAAGUUACAUCACUUUGCACAAUCCACACACAGUUUUAUAACUUCAUCUGCUGGCUUCUGUAAAUUAUUCCGUAAUAGUUUCAAAGCAGCCUUGAACUAACCAAAAAAGGUGACAGUUUCACAGUGGUUUUGAAUUACAUUUUUACCGGAAGCCUCACUGCUGUCAUGCAUACAACUAUGGCCGGUAUAGGGUUCUUGUUCUCUUUGUGGUGCCAAGAUCUAUAGCUGCAGAAUAUUUGUGGCAGCAUUAGCAAGGUAUUUGAUUCUCUGCAAUGUUUCUGUGCCUGUGAGCUGCUUGAGCAAGCGUGUUUACAAUGUGAUGUGCAGCAUGAGUCACUCUUGGCUACUUUUAUGUAAUCUGUUCAUCAAGGCCUUGCAAAAGCCAAAACGGGGGGAAAACCUCAUUAAUCUCGGCUUUGUCAGAAUUGUCAUUGUUUUAGGAACAAUUGUCAUCUGAUUUGGGUGCUUUUAUUUCCUCCAUUCAGUGCUCAAAGUGAAAUGUCAAAUCAAGGUGCUAAAUAAUUUUUUUGACCAGAGAUAUUUAGAUGUAGCUUCUGUUGUUAAAAUGAAUCUCCGGAAGCUUUUGAAGGAAGACUGUUCAAUGGGAAGGAAUCAUUAUGCUUUGUUUCAAAUUCCAUGUGUUUUGUGUAUUUUAAAAUUAUAUUUUGAUUAUAUGCAAAGCAAGCCUUUUGACUCAUCCCACUGUGCUUGGUUUUGUUCUGUGAGAACAUCUAAUACAAGUUCAGUGUGUUUACUGCCUCAUAA